ACGCCAGGUUCCCAUUCUAUCCAACAUAAUUGAUCCACUGACAUAUCCUUUGUUAUUCCCAAAUGGAGACAAGGGUUGGGACAUGAACAUGGAGCAUAUUCAAGAAAAUCGUACCGUAUCACGAUUUAAGGUUACUCUUCUGCAAUAUGUAUCAUAUCGCCUUUCAGUGAGGCCCGGUUUUUCAUUGCUGCAUAGAAGCCAGAAGCUUUUCCUUCAAUAUAUUGUGGAUAUUUACGUUCGGAUUGAAAGUCAACGUCUCACAUACAUUCGAAUGAAUCAAAGCAAACUAAGGGCCGACCUCUACUGUAACGUGAUGGACUUUAUGAUUCGUGAAUCAAACGAACUUGGCGUAGUUCCGGGUAAAAUGGUCAUUCUUCCAUCCUCCUUCAUUGGUUCCCCCCGAAAUAUGCACGAACGUUACCUAGAUGCCAUGAGGAUUAUUCAAGUUUGCGGAAAGCCUUCCUUAUUUAUUACUUUUACAGCUAAUCCCAAUUGGGACGAAAUAAAAACAACUAUUCAACCCGAAAACAGGCCAGAGUAUCGUCCUGAUAUUGUUGUGAGAGUAUUCAAGUUAAAGCUGAACUCUUUAAUUGAAGAAAUUGUGAAAGGAAGGAUUUUCGGUGGAGUUGCGGCGCUCGUUUAUACAAUUGAAUUUCAAAAAAGAGGUCUUCCCCACGCUCAUAUAUUGGUGACACUUCAUCAAGAUGAUGCAAUAAGAACACCUGAAGACAUCGAUCGUUUUAUUUCGGCUGAAAUCCCUGAUCCAAGAAAAGAAGGCCAUCUAUACGCUUUAGUAACGUCUCAUAUGACUCAUUCUUGCAAUCCAAUGUGCUUACAAGAAGGAAAAUGCUCCAAAAAAUAUCCAAAAGACUUCAGUGAAAAUACUCGCGAAGCGAUCAACGGCUAUCCGAUAUACCGCCGUAGAAACAAUGGGAGGGAGAUAUGGAAAUCCAAUAACAAUCUAAUUGAUAAUCGUCGUAUCGUGCCUCACAAUCCAUAUCUUUUGCAACGAUAUAAUGCGCAUAUCAAUGUGGAAAUUUGCUCUUCCGUUAAAUCAAUUAAAUACAUUUACAAAUACAUUUACAAGGGGUAUGACGCCGGAACGCUUCACUUUACCACCGACUCAACUUCUGUAGCGUUAUCACACGACGAAAUAAACACAUUCAUCACAGGACGAUAUGUUGGCGCCCAUGAAGCUAUAUGGCGAAUCAAUGAAUUUGAAAUGCAUUAUCAAUCACACACAAUAAUCAAACUCGAAUGUCACCUUCAAAAUCAACAAAGAAUUAUAUUUAAUGAAGAUCAAAUAGGCAAUAAGUUGGUACAGGAAAACGUUCGCCAAUCCAAACUACUUGCUUGGUUCCGUCUUAAUCAAAUAGACGAAUUUGCACACCAGUACCUUUACACUGAAACACCAUUGCAUUACACUUGGUCAAAUAAUGGGCGUUGUUGGCAAAAACGCAAACAAAAUUCACCAAAGGUUGUAAGCCGCCUAUACGCUGUAAAUCCAAAAAAUUCUGAGCUUUUCCAUUUACGAAUGCUACUUCUACAUGUACGUGGUGCGAAAAACUUCGAAGACCUACGAACAUAUGAUGGCCACGUCUAUUCAACUUAUGUUGACGCUUGCCAAGCAAGAGGUAUUUCGGCCAAUGAUAUGAUUUGGUAUCAGGCUGUUGCGGAGGUUUGCGGUGCUAAAACACCCAAACAAAUUCGUCAGUUUUUCGCAAUCAUUUGUUCACUGAAUGUCCCUAAUAAUGUGGAUUUGAUAUGGAAUGAUUUCAAAUACCACAUGUAUGAAGAUUACAUCCAAACAAUGAGCCUUGAGAACGCCGAAAAUUGCGCACUUCUGGAAAUUGAAGAAAUUCUUUUGGAAAAUAAUACAACAUGUGCUCUGAUUGGUUUGCCAACACCUUCAACAAUGGCACAAAGCGCAGACGCGGACAAUAAUAGUGACACUUUUUUGGAUUUAUAUUCUCAAGCAAAUGCCGAACAGAAGUUUGUGAUUGAUACAAUAAUCCAAGCCAUAGACACCGGCAGCUCUCAACGUUUAUAUUUUCUUUCAGCAGCGGCCGGAUGCGGAAAAACUUUUAUACAACGUUCACUAAUUGCCAAACUCGGUUCAAGUUGCAUUGCUAUGGCUUAUACAGGUAUUGCAGCGUCUUUGCUACCAGGUGGUCGAACAAUACAUUCUCAAUUAAAGUUGCCUGUUCCCACAAGAUCAGACUCCGUUCCUGAAGUUAGACGUAAUUCUGCCAUUGCACAAAGAAUUAGAUCUUCAAAACUGAUUAUAUGCGAUGAGGCGCCAAUGAUUAGCUCUGAUGUUCUUACGGUAAUUAAUAGACUAUUUAAAGAUAUAGUUAAUGGCUCCGAUAAGGAAAGACACUUCGGAAACAAGUUUAUUUUACUUAGUGGUGACUUUCGCCAAACACUUUCCGUUGUUGCUCACGCCGGUCGUGCAGUUACGGUUGAAUCAUCAAUUAAGUCCAAUCCACUUUUUACUCAUUUCCAAAAACUAGAUCUUCAAACCAACAUGAGAGCCAGUGAAGAUGAUGGUGCGUUCUCAAAAUUUCUAUUAGAUAUUGGAGAUGGCAAAUAUCCAGCUCAUCCAGAAAUCGGAGAAGGUCUCAUUCAGAUUCCCGAAAAAAUUAUAGGUCAAGGUAUUGAAUCAAUGCUUAACUUUACUUUCGGAAACAUUAUAGACACAUUGUAUCUGGAAGAAAUCGUCGAUAGAGCAAUACUUACCCCAAAAAAUAAUAACGCAACAAUCAUUAAUGAAAAAGUCCUUGACAAACUUUCAGGUGAGCCACAAAUAUAUUUUAGUAUAGAUACGCAAGAUCCCCAAGAACAUGACCAACUACCACCGGAAUUCCUUAACAGUGUGGAAAUCAGUGGUCUUCCUCAGCAUUGCUUAAAGUUGAAAAAAAAUGCCAUUGUAAUUUUAUUAAGAAAUAUGAACAUCGCACAAGGACUUAUUAAUGGUACACGUCUCCGUGUAUUGAAUAUGAAUCCAAGUUCUAUCGAGUGUGAAAUUUUAACUGGAGCAAAUCGUGGGGAACGAAUACUUAUACCCAAAGUUAAACUGCAACCAUCUGAUACUGCAUUGCCCUUUAAAUUUGAACGUCUACAAUUCCCACUACGAUUGGCAUUUUGUAUGACAAUAAAUAAAAGUCAAGGACAAACUCUUAAAAAAGUGUCCCUGUACCUUCCCGAUCCAGUAUUUUCUCACGGUCAGCUUUAUGUAGCUCUUUCCCGAGUUCGUAAAUUUGACUGUAUACGAAUUUUCAUUGAAGACUCGAAAACACAGGGGUCUUUCCCAAACUAUUCGGGAAAAUUCACGCGCAAUGUUGUUUACCCCGAAGUUUUGUAAUUCCGGUUUUCAAUUAUUAGG